AUGACCUCGGCAGCCACGCCGACGUUGGAGAAGCUACGGCUGGCGAACAUCGUCUUCCACCAUGUCGCCCCCAGCGGGGGCCACCCUGUCCCUGGUGCGUGGAUCAUCCACACGCCCAACCUCCGGUGGCUGGAGCUACGCAUGACGAUGGCCGGCGCUGGCUCUCGAGAGCUGGGGCACCUCCACAAGCUUGACUAUGCCAGCAUCAUGCUCAACGCCCAAGAGCCAAGAGACUACAGGAGGCUGAUCACUGAGCUUUCUAGCGUCAGGGAGCUUGAGAUCCUUAACUCUGACUGCACCACAUUUUAG